AAGUUACGUUUCAAGUUACGUGUGAAUUCAUUAUAUCCUGGAAUCAUUUAUUGUGAAAAAAAUUAUGUAAAAUAGGACCGUCCAAAGCCACCAGGAAAGUGGCAUCAAGGUUAUUUUCUCAUCAUCGUUUCUCACUGUGAAAGGUGGGGAUGUCGAUAUUGUUCACUCACCUAUGCCUGAAAGGGGGUCUACAAUGUCAGUAGCAUACCGGCUCUUGGUUUGUAACGGCACAUGAAGUAGCGAAGACCUUCAUAAGAAUCUGUCAUAGCGGAUAUAACAUGAUAUUGAAUAGCAUUCCUUGCACAACGCUGCUUUACUGGAUUGCAGCUAUUGUGUUUGGUGGUGCGAUAUUGCUCCUAGUGGGCCUUCGUCUGUACGUUAUCUGUACUUUAGGCAUUUGCAAGAGCAAAAACCGAAUGGAUGGUAAAACCGUAAUAAUCACCGGAUGUACUUCCGGUAUUGGGAAGGAGACAGUGAAGGAUCUCGCCAAAAGAGGCGCGAGAAUUAUCAUGGCAUGCAGAAACACGGAUACUGCUAAUCAGUUGAAAGAUGAGAUUGUGAAAGAAUCAAAGAAUAGCAAUAUCGUGGUUCGCAAAUUGGAUUUGUCAUCAUUGCAAUCGGUCAGAGAAUUUGCGCUACAGAUAAAUCAAGAGGAGACCAGAUUAGACGUGUUGAUCCAUAAUGCCGGAACUGCGGAGACUUUCAGGAAAAAAGUUACGGAAGAUGGAUUAGAACAAACUAUGGCUACUAAUUAUUUUGGGCCAUUUUUAUUGACGCAUCUUUUAAUCGAUUUAUUGAAACGAUCGAAACCAAGUCGUAUCAUAGUGGUAGCGUCAUCGCUCUAUCGACUAGCGUGUUUAAAUCUCAAUAAUAUCAAUCCAACAUCGACCUUGCCGGCGUAUUUGUAUUACGUGUCAAAGUACGCGGAUAUAGUUUUCACGUUGGAGUUGGCGCGACGUUUGGAGGGCUCGGGAGUGACGGCAAAUUGCUUGCAUCCCGGAAUGAUAGACAGCGGAAUCUGGCGAAGCGUACCCGCUCCGUUAUCCUGGGGCUUAAAUCCUAUAAUUAAGGCUUUCUUCAAAACGCCUGAGCAAGGCGCGCAGACAACUAUUCAUCUUGCAGUUUCUAAUGAACUUAACGGGAUUUCAGGAAAAUACUUCAUGGAUUGUGCCGAACAUGAAUUAUCGAAUGCUGUGAAGGAUCCUUCUAAAGGUAAAAAAUUAUGGGAACUAAGCGAGCCUUUAGUGAAAUUGCAACUAUCAGAUCCUAAGAUAUAAGUGCGUUUUCUUUUUUGUUUAAAUGUUUAUAUAAUUUGUAACAUUUGCUAUAUAUAUAACGGUCUUUGUACUUAAGAUUUUACUUAAAAUGUUAAUAAUAAUUUUAUAACUUUAAUAUAAUAUAAUUUAUUUGAAGUAUCAAAGCUUCAUUAGUCAAUAUUUUUUAUAUUAAAAAAUUUUUACAAACAGUAUUGCUGUUUUGCAGAAAUAUUUUUAUUAAAAAAAGUUUUCCAUGAAACGAUGAUUAUAUAUAAAGAUUAUAUGUGAUCUUUUCUUUCCUAUAUCUAUCUCCCCGAUAAGAAAAGAUUUAUAAAAUUGUAUGACAAAAGAAUUCUAAAAGAUUUAUAAUCCGUCAUUAUGAGAGUAUAGUUGAGAAAAUAGAUGUAGAAAGAUUAACCUUUUAUAAAACAUUAAUAAAUGUUUGCGCAAUUAAAUUUUGAAAUAAUAUAUUGGCAUAAUAAUAGCGAUAUGGCGAAUCAUCUUAACA